AUGUCCGAGGUCACGCUCACAGACUUUGCCCGUCGAAAAUGGGGCUCCGCGAGAGACAAGAAGCUCGAGUUUGUCCAAGUCUACUGCAUCGCAGGAAGCACACACAGCAGAAUCAGCUCUGUGAUCGAGGCGUUUCGCACAGCCGCCGAGGGCGACCAGGAACAUGGCGAUGUGGCCAUUACCUACCUCUUGCACUGCCAAGCAGACGUGGAGAUAGCCAACAUCAGGUACAAGGACACGGCAGGCAGCCUCAUCUUCAAGACUUUUGCCGCUUGGGAGGCAGGCGAUGUGGGAGACCGACAGAUCCUGCUGCUCGACAUAAACCGCCGCACCACGUCCAGCAUCGACACCCUGGUCAUGCUUGAUAUUACCCAGAAGCUGGGCGCGAGGGCCGAGGCGGAAGCACUCCACUGCCUCGUGGUGUCGGUAGCAUGCGACCUGAACACUGUUGUUGAGCGAGACGGCGUGCAUGAGGUACCGGUAAAGGCGUACGAGCUCGUGGGACCAUAUUUCCCUGUGGUCCAAUACUUCGAGGAGAAGCCGCUCUACGAGCUAGCCAGGUUCGCCCUGGAGAAGCUGCGCCAGCGGCAGGCUGAGGUCGAAGGCACAGGAGCCGACCAGCUGCACUCGCUCGGCGACGACCUCAGGUUCGGCCCGACCUUGGUUCUCCUGACGCGAUACUGCGACGCCUGGGAACUGUUCUUCCAUCUAAGAAAGAUAUGCAACCGCGUCGAGCUCAGCUGCAUUACGCCAUGGUCCUCCAGUAGAGACAUUCGCUCAGCAACAUCGCGAUGCGAUAUGCUCAAGCUUGUCUACAUCGACGAGGGGGUGACACAGAUGCCUCUGAUCAGUGAUGCCGAGGUUCUGAUAGGACCGCGGCGGGCGGUGAUCAUCUUUGACGAAUCCAUGUUCCGUACCGUGGCGGUACCGGAUGCCAGGCAGGACAUCGACGGGCAGCUCCAGGCAGCGUUCUCGCUCUCGUCCCCUCCGCCCAAUGUGUACGUCUUCAGAUCCCGCGAUGGAUCCACGUUUAGUGGCCCAAGCCCGGCGUUGGACUCACAGUAUCCCCAUCUGCGUCUCUGCUGCGUCCUCAACUCCGCCGAUCGACACCCGAUGGAGCUGCCAAUCACGUUCCCUGCCAACGGUGCCUUAAAGUCUGAGACUGGUAGACGGCUAGGGGCGUGGGGGCUGAUCGGACGCGCCAAGGGCCCGGCCCAGAAGAUCAGGGGUCCGCUGGCGACUCUGGACCCCAGGUCCUUCCGCUCCACCCCCAACAUCAAUGCGGCAGUCCUGCUCGGAGGGGUUAAGACGGGCGUGUCGAAUGCCGCCGCCAGUGUUCUGGUCGACAUGGCCGUUUUGGUGUCCCACGGUCCCUCCUUGAUAUUCCACCUAGGCACAGAAGAUGAGAAGACGAGGGUCAUGGGGCACCUAGAGGCCAUGAAGGACCACCUCGCCCAGCCUCUCCAGGAGCUGGGGCACAGAGGUCAGCUGUGGUUGUCGGCAGCCUGCAUCCACGCCUUCAGGAGGGUCUCGUUCUCACAGUCCAUGAUGGAAGUGAUGAGGCUUGAUGUUGUCACGGACGCGGUGACCCACGCGAACCACAUCAAGGGGCAACUCGGGAUUGUCGAAGACCCUGACCUGAAGGAGCUGACAGCUGCCGAUGUCCAGGCCGUGGAGGAGCAGCUCGCCCACGCCUUCUUGUUCAAUAUCUCGUUGACCCGCGUGCCGAGGGACUACUUCGCGGUGGAUUUCAUAUCCGGCAAGGUGCUAUACAGGCACGAUGAUGAUGGCCUGGACUGGGAGAAACUCUGUCGCGAGUCAGACACCCCGGGGCUUGUCGCGGGCGUCUAUACGUACCUGGAGAGGUCCUGGGACGACGAUUCAGAAGAUGUCGGCCAUGGGCUCCCGAUCAACAAUCCAGAAGCUGUCGUAUAUCGGCCCCGGGACGUGACGAUAAUUUCCUUGAAGGCGGUCGCCAAGGCACUCAGGGAGACCCCAUCUUUCGAGCGCCUCAGGCCAAGUGGGAAGCCGCGUGCGAUCAACUGUGUCGAGCUGGAUGAAGUGGACGGCUAUUUCGAGGGCCUCGAGAUCACCAACAAGACCAGAGUCCCGAUAGGACAGGCAAUCGUCGAGGCAACAGGCACAUAG